AUGGAGUCGAGGGCAGCACUCUUAGCGAGUAUGUCCAAUGCUACUAAGAGUGUAAAAAUUUUGAUCACUGAGGCUAACCUUAGGUUGAAUGGCCUUAAGGGCUCUCCACCUACGACCAGUGAACCUGCGGUGGGUGGUGUUCAUGCUGGGGGGCGCGAGCAGGGUCCCGAGCAGCAGCCUCAGUCACCUCCUAGGAGGAGGUCAACUGGGGUUACUAUCAGGGAGCCUGCUGCUACCCAUCGAGCAGCAGAACCGUCGGUCCCCAAGGGCAAGAGGAAACAAAAGGUUACUGAGCCUGCCAAACAGUCUGACGACUCGUCAGAUGUACACGGCAUGAAUUCAGGGGACUUCUUUGCACACUAUCAAGCUGCUGCCGAAGCUUCUGUCCCGAAGGAUGGUAAAAGGGUCCUAGGGGAAAGUAGCAAGACCCCAGCGAAGAAAGCCCAAACAGAAAAUGCUUCCACAGAUGCUCCCUCCAAAGAGAACUUAACACAUCCGCCUGCUCCCAAGCAGCAAACUCCCUCUCCUGCUAAUCCUCGGUCCUCCUCGAAGGCCGUAGACAAAGAGGCCAUGGAUCAUUUGUCUGAAGGCUCCCUGCCCAACCACGGGUUUUUAUCUUGGACUGCUAGCUGGCGCCGAGCUGGGGCAAUGGUCUCUCGAGAGAAGAACUUGGACUCCAGGCUUGCCCAGGCUAAGCAAGUGCUUGAGGAUGAGAAAGCCAAGCUUCUUGAGGAAAACAGCAAGCUGCUCGCCAACGAGGAGCGGAAAAAAUGGAGGGAGAGUGCUGUCCUCAAUACCCGAGAGUGUAAGCAGUUGAAUCUUGAUCUGACCGCCAGCAGAGAUGAGGUAACGAGGCCCGGGAAGCGGGUCAAGGAACUUGAGGAGCGCAUUCAAGAGCUCGAGGAGGAUGGUGCCGGAAAUCUGGAGAAGUAUAAGGAAGCCACCUUCCUAAGCUUUUAUGAUUUCUGGAAACAUAACCAGGGGGCCAAAAUCGUCUACUUAGCUGAGAACUUGCAACAGUCGCUAAUGGCGGAAUGCACUGCUCGGUUUGAGGCGGAAAAGAGGGCCAAGGCCCAGACCCUUGCUGCGAGUGCCAAAGAUGAUCCUCCAGCUGACAAGAAUGCUCCUGCUCCGAAAUAA